CCUUUUAAAGAAUUUCAUUUUUGUAACAAAACUUUUAACCUAAACACAGGAAAGAAAACAGUUGGGAACCCUGUUGAAGUCUAAUAAAAUUAUGGACGAUCUUAAUCCUUUGGCUGGCACCGCACAUCUGCUGGAAGAAGUGGACAAAAAAUUAAUGGUUCUGCUGCGAGAUGGAAGAACUUUAAUUGGUUACCUGCGUUCUGUGGAUCAGUUUGCAAACUUGGUUCUGCAACGUACCAUAGAGCGCAUACAUGUGGGCAACGAGUAUGGCGAUAUUCCCCGGGGUGUAUUCAUCAUCAGAGGAGAGAAUGUAGUACUCCUUGGGGAGAUUGAUCGUGAUAAGGAACAGAAACUGCCAUUGAAAGAGAUCUCUGUGGAUGAAAUCCUUGAUGCACAACGUCGCGAGCAGGAACAGCGACAGGAAAAACACCGUUUGGUAUCCAAAGCGUUAAAAGAACGCGGCUUGGCAGUUAACGCCGAGUUAAUCAAUGAGGACUUUUGCUAACUAUUAACAUUAAGCAGCAUUAAAUUAAAUUCCAUUUCUGUUUAAUUUCUUUAUCUUUGCUUUAAUGUAUUUUUUUUUUUUGUACUGCAUUAAAAAUCUAACUUAAAAAACA